GUUUCACCAGAAAACGCUGUGGAAAUCGAAUCAACCUAUAAACCGUCGGCAGGUACAAUUGGCAGAGCUUUCAUCGCGGCUAUCGACUUUUUCAAAGAGAUGUCAACAAGUGGAAGUACGAUUGGCAACGGGCCAUCAUGGGCCAAGACUGGCGCCCAUUCAACGAAAAUGCAUGAAGCCGGCAUGAGAGUGGAGAAAAUCGCGGAUAAAGUGAAACGGUUUCUUGCAAGGGAUAGCGCCAGAAUUCGUGUCGGGGAUCGUUACGAGCUACGUAUAACAGCAGUCGACCGUAACUUGACCGGAUAUUAUCGCUGUGUGAAUAAGCACGGAAAGAAUCGCGUAGUCUCAUCGAUGUACUACUUGGACGUCGUCAGUAGAGCGAAUAUCAAGAUGGUAAAAUCAAAAAUUGACGCCAUACCAGAAAACGUUACUCUCAAAGAGCAGAAAAUUGCUGGAAAGCUCAAGGCGAAGCCU